CACAGUCAGACCGCCAGAGGGAGAGGCCUGAGUUACAAAGAGGGGCCUGGCUCACAGUAGGGGUGCUUAGGGGCUCCAGGACUUCAGACCUCAGACUUUCGCUUCAGCCACAUGUCACAUCUGCCUGUUGCCGCCGCUGGAACGCCAGGGCAGAUGGACAAGCCACUGAUCAGUCGCCACCUGGUGGACAGCGAUGGCAGUCUGGCCCAGGUCCCCAGCGAGGCCCCCAAAGUGGGGAUCCUGGGCAGCGGGGACUUUGCCCGCUCCCUGGCCACACGCCUGGUGGGAGCGGGCUUCAGCGUGGUGGUGGGCAGCAGGAACCCCAAACGCACAGCUGGGCUCUUCCCCUCCUCGGCACAGGUGACGUUCCAGGAAGAGGCAGUGAGCUCUCCUGAGAUCAUCUUCGUGGCUAUGUUCCGAGAGCACUAUCCCUCGCUCUGUGCUCUCCGAGAGCAGCUGGCCGGAAAGAUCUUGGUGGAUAUGAGCAACCCUACAGAGCGGGAGCUCCACGAGCAUUGCCAGUCCAAUGCAGAGUACUUGGCCUCCCUCUUCCCUGCCUGCCCCGUGGUCAAGGCCUUCAACGUCAUCUCUGCCUGGACGAUGCAGCAUGGCCCACGGGAUGGGAACAGGCAGGUGGCCAUUUGCAGCGAUCAGCCGGAAGCCAAGCGUGCUGUGUCAGAAAUGGCGCAUGCCAUGGGCUUCAUACCCCUGGAUAUGGGAUCCCUGGCCUCAGCCCGGGAGAUAGAAGCCAUACCCCUGCGCCUCCUCCCUGGCUGGAAGGUACCCACCCUCCUGGCACUGGGACUCUUCGUGUGUUUCUAUGCCUACAAUUUCACCCGGGAUGUGUUGCAGCCGUACGUGCAGGAAGGCAAGAACAGGUUCUACAAGCUGCCUGUGUCAGUGGUCAACACCACGCUGCCAUGUGUGGCCUACGUGCUGCUGUCACUGGUCUACCUCCCGGGCGUGCUGGCGGCCGCCCUGCAGCUGCAACGGGGCACCAAGUACCAGCGCUUCCCGGACUGGCUGGACCACUGGCUGCAGCAUCGCAAACAGAUAGGCCUGCUCAGCUUCUUCUGCGCCGUCCUGCACGCGCUGUACAGCUUCUGCCUGCCGCUGCGCCGCUCCCACCGCUUCGAUCUGGUCAACCUGGCCGUGAAGCAGGUCCUGGCCAACAAGAGUCAUUACUGGGAGGAGGAGGAAGUGUGGCGCAUGGAGAUAUACCUCUCGCUGGGAGUGCUGGCCCUCGGCGUGUUGUCCCUGCUGGCUGUCACCUCACUUCCGUCCAUUGCAAACUCGCUCAGUUGGAGAGAGUUCAGCUUCGUGCAGUCCACACUAGGCUUCGUAGCCCUGCUGUUGUGCACGCUGCACACGCUCACCUACGGCUGGACCCGCGCGUUCAAGGAGAGUUACUACAAGUUCUUCCUGCCACCCACGUUCACACUCACGCUGCUCCUGCCCUGCGUGAUCAUACUGGCCAAGGGCCUCUUCCUCCUGCCCUGCUUCAGCCGCAGACUGGCCAAGAUCCGCAGGGGCUGGGAAAAGGACCGGGCUGUCAAGUUCAUGCCGCCUACUGACCAGGUCCUGGUGGAGAAAACAAGCCACGUUUAAAGUGUGCCGGCCUCAGAAACCAGGCCCAACCUAUCCAUCCCCCGAGUCGAGUUCAACUCUCUUCUGGGCGGUCCAGUGGGAAGAUGAUAAAUAUAUGCAUGGGUGAUUUGAGAUCGGAAUUCAUGGGGUGCAAAUGCACACUGGUAUUCACAAUGGCACAUCCAUGCGGGUGAUAUGUAUGUACAUAUGUUUCGUAUAUAUAACAGGAUCUGUAGUUACUCUUGCUUAGUUAACAACUUGGACCCCUGAGAUUUCAGCUUGUAUAUUUCAAAGCAAGUGCCACGUAUUAAACAGCAGACCUACUCAUGUGACAUUGGCAGAGGCCUACACGACACUUGAACCUUACUAGGUCCCGCCCUUUCUCCUCUCCCUCCCACUUCCCUUGGCUGGUGCAGAGCUGACACUCAUAAGUGACAAGGGACAAGAACAACUUUGGGUGCAGUCCACCUGUCACCCCAGGGCUAAAGAAAGUUCAGGUAAGCGGAGGGGGGGGAGGCAGGUUGGUGGUGGCUGGAUUUAUCUUUUCCCUGCACCCUUGGGCAGCCGGGAAGAGGCCCAGCAGGAAACCUAGAGCCUAGAACCUGUCCUAGAGCCCUCACAGGCUGCUCUUUUGCACAGACAGGGUAGGGCUACCUCCAACGGAUCCUCUCUGAGCUGAGGAGUCCGGAAUCACCAUGGAGUCUGCAAAUUGAUCCUUCUGCGGAGGUGUGAAGUCACCUCCUCACCAGAGCCACUAAUGAGCCUGGCCCUCGGAACAAGUGUAAUUGCUUUCCCUCCAUUAAGUCAGUGGUGACCGCUCUCCAAACCACUGUGCCUUCUCACCUUUUCUGUCAUGAAUGCGGCCGUCUCCUGGGAAGGCGUGGAAUCGACUCUUGACAGCGCAGUCAGAGGGGGCGGGGAUGCAUCAGCUCGUGCUUGGACUUGCCCAGGGGCUGAGACUAUCUUCAUUGAGUUGGGUUUGAGGAAAAUAACAGAGACCUCUUUACAAAUG